AUGUCAAAAUAUCUAAGUGGAGCAAUGUUUUGGGAUGGAAUUCGCACGAAAGGCUUGAUACCUCACGAUGGCCCUAUUAAUUUUAUUCAAUGGUUACGUGAUCAACGUCGAAAUGAUAAAUGUAAAAGAGUAUACAUAACCGGUGAAUUGUAUGCCAGAUUUUCACGUGAAGAAGCCAUUCAGCCAAUUAAUGAAAUAGUAGAAAUCGUGGAUGAAGCUAUUUUUCAAGAUGAUCGAGUUUCAAAACACAGAAUGCAAGUAGCUAUACAUGUUGUUUAUGGUCUUUUUGGAGAAAAAAUUGAACCAACUUAUGGAGACAUUAAAUUUGCAAAUGUAUGA